UGUUUGGAAGAGACCUGGUGAAGCCCGCCCUUCUCCUCCUCCUCCUCCUCCUCCUCCUCCAUCAUCAUGGCGCCCACGCUUGCCACGGCCCACCGGCGGCGCUGGUGGAUGGCCUGCACGGCCGUGGUGGAGAACCUCUUCUUCUCGGCCGUCCUCCUCGGCUGGGGCUCCCUCCUGAUCAUGCUCAAGUCCGAGGGCUUCUACUCCUACCUGUGCCCCCUCCCAGAGAAUUCCACCCGGUCAGCCAACUUCAGUUCCCGGCUGGCGGCGAGCAACCGGACGGAGGCGGGGGAAGGCGAAGGGGUGGCGGCGGCCCUGGUGGCGGAGGAGCCGGCCGUGCGCAUGAACGGCUGGCUGAUUUGCAAGGAGCAGGAUGAGAUGCUCAACCUGGCCUUCACAGUCGGAUCCUUCCUGCUGAGCGCCAUCACCCUCCCCUUGGGCAUCGUCAUGGACAAGUAUGGCCCCCGCAAGCUGCGCCUGCUGGGCAGCGCCUGCUUCGCGGCAUCGUGCGUGAUGAUCGCCUAUGGGGCUAGCAAACCCCGCUCUCCCUCCCCAGCUCUGUCGGUGCUCAUCUUCAUCGCGCUGGCCCUGAACGGCUUCGGGGGGAUGUGUCUGACCUUCACUUCUCUCACACUGCCAAACAUGUUCGGGGACCUCCGCUCCACCUUCAUCGCCCUCAUGAUUGGCUCUUACGCUUCCUCGGCUGUGACCUUCCCUGGGAUCAAGGUCAUCUACGACUUCGGGGUCUCCUUCAUCCUCAUUCUGGUCGUCUGGGCCUGCUGUGCAGGGCUGGUCUUCUUCAACUGCUUCUUCAAUUGGCCCCUGGAGCCUUUCCCCGGCCCCGAAGACAUGGACUACACGGUGAAGAUCAAGUUCAGCUGGCUGGGUUUUGACCACAAGAUCACCGGGAAGCAGUUCUACAAGCAGGUGACGACGGUCGGGCGCCGGCUCAGCGUCGGCAGCUCCAUGAAGGGCCCGAAGGAGGCGGCCCCGCUCCAGGACGGCCACAAGCUCUGCCUCUCCACCGUCGACCUGGAGGUCAAGUGCGAGCCUGACCACGCGGCCUCUCCGUCCUUCAUGCACAGCGUCUUCAGCCCGAUCCUGCUGCUCAGCCUCAUCACCAUGUGCGUCACCCAGUUGCGGCUGAUCUUCUACAUGGGGGCCAUGAACAACAUCCUGGAGUUCCUGGUGGACGGGGAUCUGGAGACGGUGGGCCUCUACACCUCCAUCUUCGGGGUCCUGCAGCUGCUUUGCCUGCUGACUGCUCCCGUGAUCGGCUACAUCAUGGACUGGAAGCUGAAGGAGUGUGACGACGAUGACGGCAGCGGUGGCUCCGAAGAGGCGGGGGAUGCCGGCCAGGGCAGCAAGAAGCUGAAACCGAAGCCGCGCCGGGACCGACAGAUCCAGAAGGUCUCCAACGCCACCCGGGCCUUCGCUUUCACCAACCUGCUGCUGGUGGGCUUCGGGGUGACCUGCCUGGUCCCCAACCUGCCUUUACAAAUCCUUUCCUUCAUCUUGCACACCAUCGUGAGGGGGUUCAUCCAUUCGGCCGUGGGCGGCCUCUACGCAGCUGUGUACCCUUCCACCCAGUUUGGGAGUCUGACGGGGCUUCAGUCCUUGAUCAGCGCCCUCUUCGCACUCCUCCAGCAGCCCCUCUUCCUCGCCAUGAUGGGGCCCCUGGAAGGUGACCCCCUCUGGGUCAACGUGGGGCUCCUUGGGGUCAGCAUGCUGGGUUUCUGCUUGCCCCUCUACCUGAUCUGCUACCGGAGGCGGCUGGAGCGCGAGAAGGAGCAGAAGCAGGAGGAGGCCAAGCUCUUCUGCAAGAUCAACAGCAGCCCCGACCAGGGGCAUUCAGACGACGUGUUCAUGCCCCUGCUGAGAGAUUGCACGCUCCCUGUGGGGGGAGGUCCCCAAGCGAAGCAGGGCUUGGACAUGGAUUUGAACCCGGGUCUCCCAGGGGGGCACAACGCUGAGGAAGGCGCAAGCCACACAGCCUCCUGCGGAGGGUCUUCCUCACCCGCUCUGCCAGCCCUGGGACCGCUUGUGAGCCCGACGAUCCUGAACGUGCUUGCGGGCAAAGUCCUGAAGUGGAGGCCCGGGCGACGCAUCGCUCACUGCGGCUUCCUCGGCAACGGGGGCAGCGUGGGCAUCGCGGUGUUCUGUGUUGGCCUCAGGCUUGCUCUUUGUUGA